GGGAUAUUUCUCCCAAAUCAUACACACACACACAUUACAAUUAACAAAAAAAUGUCUUCAAUUGCCAACUCUUCUUCAGACAAUGAGUUCUACAAUUCAAAUCUUCCAGCUCGAGAAAUCCCAGGUGACUAUGGUUUCCCAUUCUUCGGAGCUAUUAAAGAUCGAUUCGACUAUUACUACAACCUCGGAACGGAGGAAUUCUUCCGUACAAAAUCCCAAAAAUAUAAUUCCACUGUAUUUAGAACGAACAUGCCACCAGGUCCAUUCAUUUCUAAAGAUCCCAAAGUCAUUGUUCUACUCGAUGCUAAAAGUUUUCCUCUUCUUUUCGACAAUUCAAAAGUCGAAAAGAAGAACGUUCUUGAUGGCACGUUCAUGCCAUCAACUGAUUUCUACGGUGGAUAUCGUCCUUGUGCAUAUCUCGAUGCAUCAGAGCCAAAACAUGCUACACUUAAAGGGUUCUAUUUAUCUUUAAUCUCCAAAUAUCAUAGUCAAUUUAUUCCUAUAUUUAAAUCCUCUGUUUCUGCCCUGUUUCAAAAUCUUGAAAUAGAAAUGUUCAAAAAUGGGAAAGCAGAUUUCAACCACAUUAGCGAUGCAAUGUCUUUUGAUUUUGUUUUUCGUUUGUUGUGUGAGAAAACAAGUCCCCAUGACACAAUUCUUGGCUCUAAUGGACCAAAAUAUUUUGAUAUAUGGAUGCUGCCUCAACUGGCUCCAUUGGUUACUAUUGGUCUAAAAUUUAUGCCCAACUUUUUGGAAGAUUUAAUGCUGCAUACUUUCCAAUUGCCGUUUUUUCUAGUGAAAUCGAAAUAUCAGAAGCUUUACGAUGCUUUUAACAAGCACGCUGAAAGUAUACUGAAUGAAGCAGAGAAGAGUGGGAUUAAAAGAGAUGAAGCUUGCCACAACUUAGUUUUUUUCGCAGGGUUUAAUGCUUAUGGUGGUAUGAAAAUUCUGUUUCCGUCACUGAUGAAGUGGGUCGCAAGCGGAGGAAGGAGUUUACAUGCUCGGCUAGCAAAUGAAAUCAGGACGAUCAUCAAGGAAGAAGGUGGGUUCAUCACUCUAUCAGCAGUCAACAAAAUGAGUUUGACUAAAUCUACUGUGUAUGAAGUGUUGAGAAUUGAACCCCCAAUUCCGUUCCAAUACGGUAAGGCUAAAGAAGACAUUAUGGUACAAAGCCAUGAUUCAAAUUUCUUAAUCAAGAAAGGUGAAAUGUUAUUUGGAUUUCAAACUUUUGCAACAAAAGAUCCAAAUAUUUUUGAAAAAGCAGAAGAGUUUAUUGCAGAGAGAUUUAUGGGAAGUGAAGGGGAAAAAUUGUUAAGAUAUGUUUAUUGGUCAAAUGCAAGAGAGACCGAUAAUCCAACAGUGGAUAACAAACAAUGUGCAGGGAGAGAUCUGGCUGUGCUGUUAUGCAGGUUGUUGUUGGUGGAAUUUUUCAUGCGUUACGACACAUUUACUGUGGAGUCGAGUAAAUUCUUGGCUGGGUCAGCAGUAACUUUCAAGACAUUGGAGAAAAAAACGACAUGAAUUACUAUUCAUUAACCCAAGGUCAAAUAGUAGUUAAUAAUAAGCUCAUGGGGUCUGCAAGCAAAUUAAAUAGUACUUGAUUUGCCUUUAUAGUAGUCAAAAGAUAUUUGGAUCUCAUUACUGUUUGCGUGUGGUUACUUUGAACAUUUAUUGUUGAAUUUAGCGGAUGUAAUAGUUAAUUAAAUCUUUCUAUUGCUGAAUCAAAUCCAUUGAAAGUAAUUAACCAACA